AUGCCUGACAGCCAACAACACCACAGCGAGGCAUCAGGCUCGAGGCCACGUUCUCCUCUUUCAACAAGCCACGACGACGUGGCCAGACUGGAAGACGACCUCAUCCCGUCUCCGCCUGCUUCUUCGCAUGGGCCUCCACAUCCUGAUGGGUCAUCUACAGCAUCGGUCGCCUUUACCAAUGUUGACAGAUCGGCUCGCGUGUAUCGCUUUCCAAACGACUUACCGCCCCACUUCGAAGGAUCGAGCGCCGACCCUGAUCCCAACGAGCGCGUAGUUACUGUGCGGGAUCUGAGAUCCAAAACAUGCUGGAUCUGCUCCGAGGAGGAUGAAGAUCCACUUUUGAGCCAAGAUCGUUCUACUUCCAACGGUGCGUCGUCCGCCACCCCCGUGUCGAGCCGCAAGCGAUUUGUACAUCCAUGCAAUUGUACCCUGGUAGCUCACGAGAGCUGUCUCCUUCGAUGGAUCGACCAGAGCAAGCGCAAUCACCCGCUUCAGGACUAUGUUACAUGUCCACAGUGCAAGGCGCCUUAUAUUCUUAUCAACAACAAAUCCACCUUGCUCCAAAUCUUUGAGUUCUUCGAUAAGCUUGUCACGCGCCUCGAACCUAUUGGUGCCGUCUCCAUUCUCGGUGGAUCCUUUCUGGUUGCAUGCACAGCAUACGGAUGUGUGGCCAUCCGCAUGUUGCUAGGCAAAGACGCGGCUAGACGAGCGCUAGCUUCUCCCUGGCCAUGGCAUUAUUGGGUCGACAUUCCGCUCAUUCCGUUCGCUCUCAUCGCAUCGAGGCUCAACAUCUUUGAGUCUGCUAUGACGUGGGUUCCGACGCUCGUUGCUUUUCCAAUCACGAGCAUUCCCAUGAUGACGGCUACAGCAGCACACGGACGCUUGUUUGAUCGCUAUCUCGAAUCUGGCAUCUACGGCGCGAGUGCGUAUCCACCCGGACCAGCGCUGACUGCCCUGCUCGUGCCCUGGAUCCGCGUGUUCUAUCUGGCACUCAAGCGAAAAGUGUAUCGCGCAGUGCUCAGCCCCUUUUAUGGCAGCAGCAGGAGCGAAACUUGGAGGCGAACGGCUGGGACAGGACGCAACAGGCGCAGAGUGAUCAUUGUCGGCGAGUCGGAUAGCUAUUUGGUCGAUGGCGAUGCGGCUUUGGGCACGCAGCCCAUGCCAGAUGGAGUUGGUGGACCUAUGGCACAGGUGCAGGAAGUUGGCAACGAUCACGGUGCGGCAGAUGAUGGUCCCUCGCAGACCGUCUACGUCUCGCAUCAUUCGCUCGCUCGGCUCUGCCUCGGUGCACUCAGUCUGCCAUUUGUAGCCAGCUUGAUGGGUCGAAUUCUGGCCCGUCUUGCACGCUGCUCACAGUUGCUUGCGCGAAUUUUGGGAAUCAAGAAUGUGCAACCAGCCGCUAGUUCGAUCCUGCAAUCGUUCUACACAACAAAGGCCUCUGCAACUCUCAAACCCACGUCGUCGGAAUCGACAUCGGCCACGCCCUCGCCUAUCGCAUCGCUGUUCCGUGGCCAUCUCCCCCUUCUGGACAGCCAAGCUACGAAAGGCAAGAGCGAUACGACAGGCGACACCAACAGAUCGAUGGAGCGUCUCACGCUGCUAAGCUAUUCGUCGCGUUACGACGAUCUGGAUCCAGUGUGGUUCCGUAACGCGGUGGGCGCAGGCGUCUACAUUUUGUUGAAAGAUGCGGGCAGCCUGCUCUAUCGCUACCUUCGUCUCAGUCAGAGGAACAGGACAUCGAUCAAGGACUUGCCCUUCCAAGCGGGACUCGUGUCUGGGCUUGAUUUGCGCGAUUAG